GAGAGGGAGCCAGAUCUCAUUACAGAUGGUUGUGAGCCACCAUAUGGGUGCUGGGAAUUGAACUCAGGACCUCUGGAACAGCAGCUAGUGUUCUUAACCUCUGAGCCAUCUCUCCAGCCCGCAACUAAAUAGACCAUCAUCUCCAGGAUCAACAGACUACACUUGGAAACACGGUAUAAACAGCUAAAGACCCACGUGGGACCUGAAGGAUGGCCGCCUACAUGGGCUCUGGAGCAGCAGCUUACGCCGAGAGACCAGCUAACGACUCUCUCACAGAAUGCAGCACAUGGCAAAUUCCCAUCAAACACAACGUCUUCGAAAUUUUAAAAAGCAACGAGAGUCAGCUGUGUGAAGUCCUCCAGAAUAAGUUUGGGUGUAUCUCUACCCUGAGCUGUCCAACUCCAGCAGGAAACAGCACUCCUGCUCAGCAGGUCUUCAGAAGGAGGCUGACCCCUGGGAUAGAGUUAUCUGUCUGGAAGGAUGACCUCACCAGACAUGUUGUUGAUGCUGUGGUGAAUGCAGCCAAUGAAGAACUUCGGCAUGGAGGUGGCCUGGCCGGAAGCCUGGUGAAAGCUGGUGGCUUGGAAAUCGAGGAAGAGAGCAGAAGGUUCAUUUCCACCUAUGGUAAAGUUCCAACUGGUGGAAUAGCUGUCACGAAGGCAGGGCGGCUUCCUUGCAAAUGCAUUAUCCAUGCUGUCGGUCCUCGGUGGACAGCAGUGGGCAGCCAGACAGCUAUUGAAUUGCUGAGACUUGCCAUUCAGAACGUCUUACACUAUGUCUGUAUGCAAAAUACACAGAUUAAGACGGUAGCAAUUCCAGCCCUGAGCUCUGGAAUUUUCCAGUUUCCUCUGGAUUUGUGUACACACAUAAUUUUAGAAACAAUCCAUUUUUAUUUCCAAGUGAAGCAACCAGUCAGUAAUUUGAAAGAGAUUCAUCUGGUGAGCAAUGAGGAGCUCACUGUUGCGUCCUUUAAAGACAGAGCAGAAAGCAUCCUUGGGAAGGAGUUGAGUCCCUGGGGGAGUCCAGGAACUACCCUUUCUUCCAAUGCGACGCUUCAAAUUGGCCAGGGCCUGACUCUCCAUAUUGUCCAAGGCUGCAUUGAACUGCAAACAACAGAUGUAAUUGUUAAUUCUGGAUCUAGAUACAAUCUUAAAACUGGACCUGUGUCACAGUCGAUUCUUAAACGAGCAGGAUUUGGAAUGGAAAACAAACUUGACAAGAUCCCACUGUCUGAAGGUUAUGAGACGGUACUGGUCACAGAAGGAUUUAACUUGGACUGUCAGUACGUGUUUCAUGUGCUAUGGACAACUGAUAAAAAAAACCAGUUAUUGAAAGAUGCAGUGAAGAGCUGUCUGGAAAAAUGCCUUCAACCAGAUAUAAAUUCCAUUUCUUUUCCUGCCCUCGGGACAGGAGUGAUUAAUAUGGAGAAGAGUACAGCCGCGAGGAUAAUGUUAGAUGAAAUUGUAGCGUUUGCCAAAGAGCACAUGAAGAAAACCUUGACUGUAAAGAUUGUGAUCUUUCCAAAAGAUGUGGAGACAUACAAGGUUUUUUGUGCUGAAAUGACCAAGAGGUCUAAUGAACUGAAUCUCAGCAGUAAUAGUGUUGUUUCAGUCCCCCAGUGGACCAGAGGGGAGCAGAGAAGUGGACUUGAAGCUGGAUCCCCUGCCAUCAAUCUGAUAGGUGUAAAAGUGGAAGAGAUGUAUGAGGCCAAAGAAUGGAUUGAAGGAUUGCUGACUUCUGACAACCGCUACAUCAUUGAAAAUAGCCACAUUCUCUACUUUGGGAAAAAAGAGCAUGACACGCUGUCUCAGCUCCAGACAACCUUAAGCGUCACCAUUUCAGAGACUGUCAGUCCAAGUAAGGCAACUCUGGAGGUUAGAGGUGACCAGGCUGAGCUCAUUGAAACAGUUACGAGUAUUGAAUGUAUGCUGUGUGAAGUUCAGGAAGAAGUGGCGAGAAGAAAGAAGAGAAGUCUUUGGGGCUUGUUAGAACAGUGGACCGAUCAGCAAGGGAAGCUGGAUGAAAUGGAAGAAUUAGACACAUAUCUUCAUUACCCAGUACCUUUAACUCAGGAACUUCAGGACCGAAAGAGGCAGUUUGAGAAGUGUGGCCUGUGGGUUGUGAAGGUGGGGAAGAUAGACAAUGAUGUGCUCAUGGCUGCCUUCCAAGAGAAGAAGAAAAGGAUGGAAGGGAGAACGCCGAGGGGACCCGGGAGCCAAAGGUUGUUUCAGCAGGUGCCAUAUCAGUUCUGCAAAGUGGUGUGCAGAGUCGGCUUCCACAGACUGUACUCAACACCUCAUGACCCAGUUUAUGGAACCGGCAUACAUUUCACCAAGAGCCUCAAAAAACUAGCAGACAAGGUCAAGAAAACCUCAAGCACAGACAGGCUAAUCUAUGUGUUUGAGGCGGAAGUGCUCACAGGCUCCUAUUGUCAGGGUAGUAGCUUAAGUAUUACCCCACCGCCAUUGAGUCCUGGGUCCUUAGAUGCUCAUGACAGCGUGGUUGACAGUGUUUCCAACCCUGAGACCAUUGUUGUUUUUAGUGGCGUACAGGCGAUGCCUCAGUAUUUGUGGAUUUGUACACAGGAUAGGUCACUGUCACAGCAUCAGAUGUGGGGACAGGACUACUCAUCGGGACUAGAGAUGGUCUCUUCACUGCAGUCUUGGCGGGAGGUCUCAUAUGGCAGCCCUGUUUAGUCUCUGUCGUUUUAACAACCAGCAGGAUUUGGGUGAAUUGACAAAACAAUGAUGUCAGUGACUUAGAGAGUGGCUUGAACAUAACAAAUGAACUGUUCUGAAUGACUGGGUUACCGUAGGCACCAACCACAUACUAGCAUCUUAAUGCCUUCUUCACCUCUGGGCUUGGGGUGGACAGAUGCCAACUAAAUUGUUCCUGACUGUCUCUUCCCUCCUUGACAUCCUUCAUCUCCUUUCUUAUAGGUAACAGCAAGAAUAUUUUACAUAUAACAAAGACAUUUUUUUUCUAGUAAGUAAUCAAGCCUGUUAUUUUCUAAAAUGAUGAUAGUAUAAAAUAGGACAAUGGAAUGAUUUUAGAUUUUCUAUAUAAUUUUGUAAAGUGCUUUGGAUAUUCAAAUAAAUCACUUUUGUCUGA